UCAGGGUGCAGUAAGGCCUAAGGCUGUAAGGCAUCAAGGCGGAGCUACUAUCCAUCAUCGCGGGCAGCUAUAGUUAAUCGCGUUGUUGACCUCCACCCCCAAUUCAUAGUCAUGGCGUUCAACAAGAAAUACGCUGGUCUUCCAGACUUGGACCCUGCUCCAGAUAUUUAUGAGACCCCUGACCUUACCGAUGAAGCGUCCACCGUUCCCACCGGCACCAUCCGCACAGAUUCAGACCACGAUGACGCCGGUUCCAGCUCCGACAUCGAUCGGGAAGCAGUCAACGCCGACCAGGCGCGCGCACAUUUUAUGGGAGCUGCAGUCGACGCUCGCGACACCAAUUUCUCGGACAGUAUUGCAAUGAAACGGCAAGCAUAUCGGAGCAAAGAUAAGAGCCAGCGCCGACGGCGGAGACGCGAGGAUGGCACCGAAGAGGUUGGAGAUUUGAGCGACAGUGAGGACGAGUCAAUUGAGCGGCGGCUUACUCGUCUGCGAAGAGAGGUGGAAGACUUGAAGAUGGAGAUGGCGAACAAGUCGGCUCUGGAGAAGACAGUUGUGGAGAGUACACCUGCUGGGACAUCUCAAGAGAGGAAUGACUUGGGUGAUGGGGUAGCGGAGCUGAGUAGGGCAUUGGAUAACCUGCACGCUUCCUCUAGAGGUGUUCCGAAUGCCUCCUACUCUGCCGCUGCUUUGCUUACCCAGAAACUUGGAUCAGAGUCAUCAGCGCCUAACAAAGAGGACGGUCAAAAACAAUCAAAAUCUCAGCCCGAUGGACCUACGGCGGCUUUCACCAUGGCACAGGCACAGGCAGGCAUGCCCACGGCUGGGAUUCUUUCUCAUGCGGCAGCAUUUGAAAGCCGUUUGGCGCUUCUCGAAGCAUCAAUGGGUAUCUCAAGUGCUUCCAACCCAUUCGUCGGAGAUGGACUCAGCGAGCCUGCUCUACAGCCCGUUCUUCCCGCUCUCGACCAACUGACCUCACACCUCGGUGCUCUAACUGGUCUCCUUGUGGGAACAAAUCCAACAGCUGGAACACCGACAGCCGUGGCCGGAAUGACAACCCCCCAUCUUGAAGCACUUUCCUCCCGCGUCCGCAAGUUAACGACAGACGCUGAGGCCCUGGCAUCAGCCCGCAAGCGCGCUGCGGAUGCUGCCAAAACUUCACAAACAGCUCGCGUCGCCUCUACAGAAGAUACUGCUACCCCAGGUGCCGACGGCCCUUCUGCUGACGAUGAACAUACCGCUAAGAUCCACGCUUUGUACGCUACCCUCCCGACCAUCCAGUCCCUGCACCCUCUCCUUCCCAGUGUCCUGGAGCGUCUCCGCUCUCUCCGCGCCUGUCAUUCCGGUGCCGCACAGGCUGCAGACUCGCUGAACGAGCUGGAAAAGAGACAUGCAGAGAUGUCCUCAGAGAUUGAGCAAUGGCGCGAGGGUCUUGCGGCUGUCGAGGAGAAGAUGAGUCAAGGCGAGUCGGUGCUGCGCUCAAACGUCGAGACAGUUGAGCCUUGGGUGCGCGAGCUGGAAUCUCGUAUGGCGAGGUUGGAGGGACCCCCUGGUGGCUUGUAG